CACAGACAUAACAAUUUCACUCUCACCUCACAGGUUUACCAAUAAAACGACGGUACUGAAACUAAACAAGCCAGUAACUUUGCAUAGGUGUGCUCUUGAACCCACCACUAUCGCUCUGUGCGCGUUCACGAAUCCCCUCUGCGCGUCCCAGUCAUGUGACAACACCUCAGCACGCCUGCGCACAGAAAUAGAAGAUGGCGGAGAGUGCGGACCUGAAGCAAAUGGUGAUGAGCCUGCGGGUGUCGGAGCUGCAGGUGCUGCUGGGCUACGCUGGGCGCAACAAACAUGGACGCAAGCACGAGCUGCUGACCAAGGCGCUCCACCUGCUGAAAUCCGGCUGCAGUCCCGCCGUGCACAUGAAGAUCAAAGAGCUCUACCGAAGACGCUUCCCUGCCAAAAUGGUCUCCCACCCCGAGCUGGCGCUGACCGGGCCGCACCACCCGGCUUCGGUCGGAGUCGUCGGGGGAGGCGGGGCGGCGCUGCCUGCCGGCCUGACGCAGCUGGCGUACGAGGGCCACGCCGGUCACGGCGGCGCUCCGUCGCCCGCUGCCUUAUUGCCCCUCUCGCUGCUCGGACCCGGGAAACACGAGCUGACCGCGCUGACGCACCACCUGCCCACUUCGGCCUCGCUGCACCCGGUCCAUCCGGAUGUUAAGCUCCAGAGGCUGCCUUUCUACGACCUGCUUGACGAACUUAUCAAGCCGACAAGUCUAGCGUCAGACAACAGCCAGCGGUUUCAGGAGACGUGUUUCGCCUUCGCGUUAACGCCGCAGCAGGUCCAGCAGAUCAGCAGCUCUAUGGACAUCUCGGGGACCAAAUGUGACUUCUCAGUUCAGGUUCAGCUCCGGUUCUGCCUGUCGGAGACAAGCUGUCCUCAGGAAGACCAUUUCCCUCCCAAUCUUUGUGUCAAAGUCAACGGGAAGCCAUGCAACCUGCCGGGUUAUCUUCCUCCAACCAAAAAUGGCGUCGAGCCUAAGCGGCCGAGCCGGCCGAUCAACAUUACCUCACUUGUCAGAUUGUCCACCACAGUCCCGAACACCAUCGUGGUAUCGUGGACUGCAGAGAUUGGAAGGAGUUACUCCAUGGCGGUUUACUUGGUGAAGCAGCAGUCCUCCACAGUGCUGCUACAAAGACUGCGAGCAAAAGGCAUCAGAAACCCAGAUCACUCCAGAGCGCUCAUCAAAGAGAAGCUCACAGCGGACCCUGACAGUGAAAUAGCCACAACCAGCCUGCGUGUGUCCCUGCUCUGCCCGCUGGGGAAGAUGCGGUUGAUGAUCCCGUGCAGGGCGCUGACGUGCUCCCAUCUGCAGUGCUUCGACGCCACGCUUUACAUCCAGAUGAAUGAGAAAAAGCCCACCUGGGUCUGUCCUGUCUGUGACAAGAAGGCCCCUUAUGAGCAUCUUAUCAUCGAUGGACUUUUUGUAGAGAUCUUGAACAGCUGCUCAGACUGUGAUGAGAUCCAGUUUAAGGAGGAUGGCAGCUGGGCCCCCAUGAGGUCUAAGAAGGAAGUGCAGGAGGUCUCCUCAGCUUCCCUUAACAACGGGCUGGAUGGCUCCUGUCGGACGUCUGAAGGCUCAGAUCAGCACAGCUCCUCGUCCUCCAGCCACAGCGACAGCAGCCACAGCAAAAAGUUGGAAGUGAUCGACCUGACACUCGACAGCUCCUCGGACGAAGAAGAACCAGAUUCCCCGCCACUGCCUCCUCCUCCUCCUCCUCGUCCACCUUCCUCUGCAACACUUCCUCCUCCAGUCAAAAGAGCGUGUCCGUCUCUGUCGCCGACCUCGCCGCCUGUCAUAAACAAAGGGGUGUUGAACCUGCACCACCAGGCAUCUCCCGCCAGCUGCACCCCCAGCAUGACAGCCAUGGACACCAACUACAUCCCUCCGGUGCCCCCACUCAUCCAGGACUACAGGCCCUACUACCACACCCCCAACGACCUGUCAGAGUUGAAUUUCUUCUCUUUUCUUCAAGGAGACAAUCAUCAGCAUUACAACAUGGUCAUGGCGGCGGCGGCGGCUGCCUCGGCCUCAGAGGACCACGAGCUCCUCCUCAACCGCUUCCUGCCCUACAGCACCUCCUCGUCGGCCUCCCAGCUGUUCCUCGACCAAUCAGGUACCCCCUCGCUGACGGCGCCGACCAACGGGAUGAGCAACACGGGCGGCGGCGGCUUGGUCUCAUCCAAUAGCCUUCGAGACACUCACUCCACACACUCGUCGUCUUCGCACUCGUCCUCACACCCGUCCUCACACACACACCCCGGGGUGGUGGCCAGUCGAAGCAGCGCCGAAGCGGCAGUGGCAGCUAUCUACGGCGGGAUACCUGACGUCAUAUCGCUGGACUGACCCGAGGCGGGGGGCGACGCUCUGGGCCCGGCGUGAAUGCAGCGUCACGCCGGGCCCGAUGCGGCCCGCAGGGUAAACGUUUCUUUUUUUCUUUUUUUUUUUGCUCCAGAGAUUAGACCGGCCCCAAGUCAUCGAACUCUUGUCAGCCUUUUUGGAGCCAUAAUAUGGAGAAAAGCACUAAAUAUCUAAGUGGGUGACAUCACUUAAAGGGAGAGUAGCAGGGAGGGAUGUGGACUUGGUGUUACUGACCUCAGAUGAGAAACCAGUCCGAACGUUUGGACCACAUCUGAUCUUUACUGGUACAAACUUGGCACAAACAGCGGAGAUGCUGCCCGAGUGAAAAAAAACACAGGGUUGAAGGGUUCCUUAUUGUUUUUUUCAAGGCGCAGCACCGUGACCAGAGAACAAAAUCUAUUUUCCUCUUUUACUUUUCUAAGUCGGAACGUUUUCAGUGUAGUGAGCUGCUUCUGUCGCUGUUCCCAGGCGGAGGACUGGACCUCCUUUCCCUUCAACACCUGCUGCCAUGUUUGCUUAACUUUCCAUCCGCAUCUCCAACAGCAACCACGUUCCUUUUUUUCCCCUCUUCGACCUCCUGUCCAGAUUCAUUGUGUAUUUUGUUUUUCUCUAUAAUGAGACUGAAUUAACAGUUGAAUCAUGUUGUAGUAGUUUUAAUAUUCUUUUUAACUUAUGUAUGAUAUUUAAACAGUGAAAUAUGCAUUCCCCUUGACUUUCAGGUUGAUUCUGUGUUGGUUAUUUUCACUCCUUGUAAAGAAUCUGCCGGCAUACAGCAUUUAAACUGUUGAAGCUAUUUAUACUUGCCAAUUCUGACUUUUAGCUGGAAGACUUUUUUUUUUUUUUGCACAAUGCCAAAAAGUAGGUACUAAUAUGAAAGUGAUCUGAGUGCUGUUGAAUGUGUGUGGGUGUGUGUGUGUGUGUGUGUGUGUGUCAGUGUUUUCAGUCCGUUUCUCCGGGCUCAGUGUGUUGCUUCACGUCUCUUGCGGCUGACUGUCAUAAAAGGAUUUUCCGACGUAGCCGGUCGUAGCAACGCCGGGCCUUUUAAAGACACAGGCGUCCACAGCAUGCGACCAAGCUUAAAGCAGUGCCUGUUUAUUAUGUGCGCGUGUUUGAGGAACAUUAAAGUAAUGUCUUAAAAUCGUCACUUUUUCUUUUGCAUCUGACGUUUUUGAACCUACGGCUGGUUUUCCGCACCCAUCCGGGGGGAAAGCUGAGUCAGGACGGCUUGCGGGUGACGUCUUGAGAAGUGAAAGAAGGCGGCCUCGGCAGGUCGACGCGGGCUCCGCUCCGAAUUAGACGGUUUAAAAAUGCAUGGCCUGUCAGGAGAAAGCCUCGAGUGUUUGGAGCAAAGCGCGUUCGCUGCUUUUCACGCAUGGUUUGCUCGUGAAUGUACAUUUUUAAAACAACACACACUUUCGUUUUGUCGUUAUCGAAGCCGUGUUUCCCCGUCGUCCUUUAAAUGUUCCCAGCGUCUGGCGUCAUGAGCGUCUCUCUGACGCCCCGCUUCCAGGCGCCGGAAUCAGGCAGCGCCUAAUUAUCCCAGCGAUCAUGAGAUAAUGGGCUCUGACAGCGGCUCCCGUCACCUCACCUCCCUCCUCCCGCCGCCCCGUCCCAUUCCUCGAUAACCGGACGGGAAUCUGACACGGGGUGACCUCCUCCCUUCUCCCCCUCUUCCCUCCACUUGGCAUUUCUAACUCCAUUCCCCGCUCUGCUCAUGGGAACCAACUCCUGCCUCUCCAUCAUCUGCUGGAACAAGUUCUUUUAGUGUAUUUCCUGUGUUGUGCAGUAUUUUAUUUAUUUUGUACCCUUCGUGUCUAUAUAUUGAAUUUUCUUUUCUUUUUUUUUUACAAAUUGCUCAGUGGCUGAAAGCGAGUGUGAGUCACUGUCAUGUGGGAGCCGGUGGUGAAAAGAUUUUAUUUAAUAUGCGUUGAAUAAUUGUUUAGCAGCAGCUCGACUACUCAGAAAGGUGUUGUGAUGAUUCUCUAGGGAAAUAAAUGCCACCGUGCAUUUACUCGGUAGCAGACUCUGGUAAUCCUUUUAUGGGCACAAACGAAUGCUUAAUUAAUUCAUGCGUGAUUAAUUGUUUCUUUUGAAUUAAUUGUGUUGUGUGUUCCGGAAUGCAGCGAUGUAGAAAGGAGUGCGGGAAAAAAAAAAAAUAGGCUGCACAACCAGAAACCCAGCAGACAAAUCCAAACAUCAGGUAGUUUUCCGAGGCUGCCAUCAGCUUCAGCUGUUUGGCAGAUAAUGACAUAAAGAAUAAAGAUGAUGCACAUUAAACACGCUGGUAGGCAUGGGCUGGUUUCCACUAUGUUUCAUGUCCUCUUAAUUUGAAAGUGCAGAGAGGAAGUGCCUGUCUGUUUGGAGCAGGUGUGGGAACCAGCGCCACCUAUCGCUUUCUGUGUUAAUGCUAUUUUGAAGCUGAAGUUUGAAAGUACACGUUGCUCUUACACAGACAACUCAGUUAUUUUCUGUGCAUAAACUCUCAAAGUGUCAUAAAAUUGAUCAAAUGUUUAUUCUAUGUUUUGGCUAGCCUUAUAAGGCUGAAUGGACCAUUAUUUAUGCCGCAUUUCUGAAAUCUCUACAACGUAACGUUUCAUUUUUCUUCAAAAACCUGCAACAUUUUACCCCCAUUUUUUGUCUUUCACCCCCUGGUGGAGGACUGAGGCAUUGCAGAUGACCUGUGGAGGUUUUUCUAGAAGUCCAAGAUUAUCUGCAGGAAUCUGAUGGGAGUUUUUAAGCUGCACAAAGUGGUUUUCUUUGAGUUGGUUACAGUCAGAUGUGUGUAGAGUAACACGACGUUUUGCUCAACCAAGAGAAGCACUAUGUUAGGAUUUUUUUUUUUUUACUCAAGUAAAAGUAAAACUUUGCCAUACAAGAAAUUAGUAAGGUGAGAGUAAAAAAGUAUUCCAUCAAAAUGUUACUCAUGUACUUAGUAAUUGUUUGAUUGCAACAUCUGAUGUAAUAUUUAAAAGUUGUGGCAGCAGAUAAACAAAAAUCUAAAGUCAUGUUCACAUUGUGGUAUUUUAUAGACAAAAGGAAAAAUAUGCAAAUAAGUAAAAUUCUCACUUUUCUGGUCACUGAUAAAAAGUAAACAUGAAAAAACAUUAAAAAAAAAAAAAAAAAAAAAAAGACAAAGCAUCACCACAAAUAAAUACAGCACAGAGCUUUUUAUUUUGACCCUUCGUUGAGAUAAACAUAUGGCUUAAUAUGUUUCACACAAUCAGUUGAAAAAAACUGCCAGUGUGCUCGCAAAACAGUUUUUAAAAGUGUUGUUAGUAAAUUAUUAAGUGUGCAAUUUGAUUUUUAAGUCAUACAGAUAAUUAUUUUUAUUGGGAAAUUAUUUUUUUUUUUAAAAGUAUCCUAACAUGUGACUUAUGAUACAAAUUUUUUUUAUUAUUAUUUUCCUAAAUCUUUCAAAUUAGCAGUUCAAACAAAAUUCGACUAUGUCUUAAGUUGAGCUUUAAACGGUGAUGUGCAAGUAUCAAAAUCAAAGUGACAACUCAAGCAGGUUGUAAUAAUUUUUCUUUUUCGCUUUUUAGCAUUAUUUUAAAGGAGUUAGAUUGUUUUUAUAUAGUUUUAAGUAUUUGUUAAUGGCAUAGUGAACACUGUGGGAUUUCUUUCCAGGUUGUCAUAGUGAGAGACUCCUCCAUGCCUGCAGGCCACACGUCGGUAAACAACCGUCUCAUUUUUAGGUCUGCCUUGUACAUAUUCACACCAACUCAGCCCGUUUACCUCAUUUUACCAUCUGGCACCAGUUCAGGGCUUGUCUGUUUGCUCUUCAAUAAUACUGAAAAAUACAUUGGGAGGGCCUGAAAAGCUCCCGUCUGCUUUUAACUGAAGCCGAAAGAGCUGUUUGUAUCCGAGUUUAACGGCGCCCUGUUGUUUUGAGUGCGGAGAGGCAGCCAAGCUGUCCCCCCUUCUCCAACAUCCUUUGUAUAAUGGAACAAAAUAAAUCUCCAUUUGAGAAUUUUAAAUUUAUCCUGAUUAUGAAACCAAAACAGGACAUUCUUCCUAAAUAAAACUUUUAAAAACCAGCUUCUUUUGGCCUGGAAAGCAAAGCAGAGUCCUGCAGGGCUUCUGGAUGGAGCUGCAGAGUUUCCUUGCAGACCAUCAAGGAGUCGGUUAAUAAUUAAUUGUUUGGCUCAUCAUUCAGACUUAUAGACAGCAUGUGCCUUUAUUCUAAAGUGUUACCAGAUUCCUGCUGCUCCCCCCCCUCCCGUGUUGGGAUACUUGACGAGACAGUCACUGUAACUGAAAGCAUUUGAUUGCGGCUUAAUUUAUUGAAGCUUCUGUCCUCACUCUCGUCAUGCUGCUGACUUCAUGACGGCCAGGGGGCGCCAGAGCAAACUGUGUUGAAUGUGUUUCUGCUCAAACAUCACAAGCUUCUGUGUGGGAUUGCCAAAAACGACAAAGUUGGAUCUCCUCCUGGUUUCCCUCUAAUGUUAUUAUUAUUAUUUCUUUUUUUUUGUUGUUGUUUUUUUUUGUGGCUCUUUAACAGUGAAACUCUGGGAAAGCGGCUCCUCUCUUUGGUCAUCCUCACCUUAACUUAAAGGGAAAAAGUGUUUAUAUUCUGUCAGUAUGGGAAAACCCUGAAAACUGAGCGUUCAGAUCCGAACGUGAGCCGUUCGAUGUCCUCUCGUAUGCUUCUGUUUUUGUGUGUGUGUGUGUGUGUGCGUCACUUCAGAGCGAAAGGAAUAAAAAUAAUUUAUAUAUUUUUUAGAAAACGGAAGUUGUAAAACAAAACAAAAAAAGAAAAAAAAAAGACGACUGUGGCCAAUAAAGAGUCUCACACAACGGAAAUGAUCUCCUUAGACGGACUCGAGUCGACAUCUGCACUCACUGCCUUAACAGGUUUCACAGCUCCAGUCUGAGAGACAGAAAAACUUGUUUUAACAAAAAAAAAAAAAAUCAAAUAAAUAAAUAAGAAAAAGGCUUUUCAUGGAGGGAAGGAGGAAGACGGUGUACAGUAGACCCAUGUCAGUUUGUACAAAUUUACCAAGUGAAAAAAAUAUUUAUUACCUGCAUUGGAAGAAAUUGUUUACUUAUUGAAUGUUACUUGUUUAUGUAGAAAAGUAGAUGUAAUAAAAUGCAUUCUGCUA